CAUGUCUCUUAUUCUUUCCUCAUCCCAACCAACUCACAAACAUACACACUAUCUAUCUCUCUAAGUGACAAAGCAAAAAUGCAAUACAAGACCGAAACUCGGAGCUCCUUGUCCUACAAUAAGAUGAACAACAUGAAUGUGUUCCCGUCAGAGACUUUGGCUAGAAUAGAAUCGAUGGCGGCAGAAAACGCGGUGGUCAUAUUCAGCUUGAGCACUUGCUGCAUGUGCCACGCCGUCAAGCGUCUCUUCCGCGGACUGGGAGUCAGCCCCGCCGUCCACGAGCUCGACCUCCACCCUCAUGGAGUUGAUAUCCACCGAGCUCUCAUUCGUCUCCUCGGCUGUUCCAGCGGCGGCGCUUCAACUUCUCCGGGGGCACUUCCGGUGGUAUUCAUCGGUGGGAAGAUGGUGGGAGCAAUGGAGAGAGUGAUGGCUUCUCAUAUCAACGGCUCACUCGUCCCUCUUCUCAAAGAUGCUGGUGCUCUCUGGCUCUGACCCAACCAAAGUCCACCUUCUUCUGCGUUUAUUUUUCCUUUUUUUUUUUGUUUCUUCACUUCUUUUUUUUUGUUUAAAGAACAAAAAAAUGGUUAGGUUAAUCAUAAUGUUGAAUUAGAGAGACAGAGUGAAGGGAAAAGAGUGGUGCGUUUGUUUUAAGCUUAUAGCUAAAAACACUCUUUGUUUAUCUUAACUACACUAAUAUAUAUAGGAGUAUUUAGUAAUCUCCGUCUCUA